GCGGAGAGACGCGCAGGGCAGGCAGUGGUGCUGCUGCUGCUGUUACUGAUACCGCGGGUCUCACUUCAUCACAGUCUUCCUCCAGUUACGCUGAAGCAGCCUGGGAUUCCUUUAGUGCUCGGUCGGGGAUGCGCAUCUGGACGUGAGUGUCCCGGGGACAAUCACGCGUCGAGGCGCUCCACUGUACCUCUCCCUGCCCCCACAGAGGAAAUAAUCGCAUCGAUUGAGGACAGUUUGGCUAUUUUUGACAGAAUGGCAGGCGCAGAGUACCUUCUGAAAACGCCGAGUAACUUCCAGUCGUCUGCCAUGUUUGAAGGCUCAGAGGUGGUGGAAGUGGACGGAGGCAGUACGGAGAGCACCGUUGGCUCGUCCAUCAGCGCCUGCAAGAAGGUGCUAUGCAGUAACAGUGUGCUGGACUCGUCAGAGUACUGGCUGAGGAAUGACAAAGCUCUGUGCAGACUGGGCCUGCUGGACGAUGACACGGAGGGCAGCUGCACCAUGAUCUGCUUUGUCAAUCUCGACCCUCAGAAAACGGACUAUCGAGAUGACAAAAGCAUCAAGAAAUUGGCAUCGGUGUCUCCAGAUCUGCCAAAGCUUGCUGAAUUACUGACUGUCCACCAGCCGAAAGAAAAUGAGAUCCUGCUGCUCGGUGGCCUUGAAGCUUCAGAUACUUGCCAAACACGACCGCUCUCUCCCUCUCAGGGUGGGCAGCAGCAACAAAGAAGUUCAGGUGUGUGCCUGGUUCAGUGUUCAGGGCAAAGACGCUCCACCCAACCGGGCAACAUCAUCUUUGAGAUCAACAAGUUUCUGAUUGGUCUGCAGUGGGGAAAAGAGCGACAGCUUCAGCAAGGCCGAGCAGCCCGGCAGCGGGUCGAUGAUGACACCAAUCGCUCCAUCUCGUCCAUAGAAGAAGACUUCUUGACUGCAUCAGAGCACCUUGGAGAUGACAGUGAGGAUGAUGGUUUUAGAAAUGAACCAGAGAGUGGUGACCUGGCAGAGAGCUUGGUGGAGGCUGCGCAAAAGCACUGUGUCAGACUUGCAUGUCAGAGGGGACAUAAUCAAAACAGGGAGGAUGCUGAGGUGAAAAGGGAAGGGAGUCAACGAGCAAGCCUCCAUACGAAGGAAUCGGCUGGUCACUAUGCCACCAAUCUGGCUGAGUCAGUACUGCAAGAUGCCUUCAUACGCCUCUCUCAAGAUGAAACCUCCUUUGUCUCUGAGGCUGCUGUUAGCGUCUCCCUCUCUAGUUGUCCCUCCACUGCUACAGGUCGCUCAAAGACCAAAGAGCCUUCCCAACAGCGCACCUGCUCUUUUGAACUCCCCAAGAUUGUUAUUGUUCAAAGUCCAGACAGUUCUGAAGGGGCCACAGAGUGGCCAGAGAACCAGGUGUCUCAUGUGCCUGACCAGGACACCGCUGUCAAAGCCAGAGAGACACCAGAGAAUGGGACACAGGCGCACAUCCCCCACCACAAUGGAGGAUGCCCAUCCAAACAUGUGGAGGUUGCUUUGGCCUGUGCUGCCAGUGUCAUCGGCACCAUUACCAACCCACAGCUGACAGAACAGCUCACUAUGGAAUCAGCCUCAGAGGAAGACACAGAGGAGGAGAUGGCAGAACCAGAGGAGAGAGGCAACUACUCCUUCCAGUCAGCUAUAUGUGGCAUGGCUCAGGUAGCUGGUGCUGUAGCAGCUGUGGAGCUAACAGAGGAGUCAGGGGAAUGUGCAGAUUCUGACGUCGAUUCAGCCGAAGUCUGCACAGCAUCCCGUGGUCUGAUGUCUGCUGCCGAAGCCUCUGCAGCCAUCACACUGCACUGCAGCGUGGCAGAAGGUACCAGUGUUGAAGCGUUUCGUGCCAACAUUGCUGAGGUCCUACACAGGGAAGCAGCUGAGGUGUUGGCUCAGCCGCAAGGCUACAGGAGUGUAGCCCACUUACUGGAGACCACGCAUAACAAGAUAGUAGAUGGCAUUACUUGUCCAAAAAAAUCCUACAUGGAUGAAAGAGAGGUGGAUGACUUGAUAAAUGAGGUGGCAGACAGCCUAUUCAAGCAUGCUUUAGAGAAAGCAAAAAAGAAAAAAGAACUGGAGGGUACUGGAAAAGAUGCGCCAGGCCUUCAGGUGUUUCUGCAGGACAGUGUUAAUAAUUUGCUCUUUGAUAUCCUUUGUCUGACACAAAAGAAAAUCAGUCACAUCUCUGUAUAUGACCAAGGGUCAUUAGAGACUCAAGAAGGUGAUACUUGUGCUAGGGAGCGUGCUACCACCAAAGAGAGCAGGGAUCCAUUAAGUCAAUUACAGUGCUUAGUUGGCCAUGGCCAGUCCACUAAUAGUGAGAGCCACAGCAGCAUACUACAUUGCACAGAUAAGUUUACCAUGGUUCCUGGGCUGAAGGAGAAAUAUGUGCUUGAGGAAAGUGAUCUCAUUGCAUCUUCCUCAACAACGCACAGCAGAGAGCAACAGCAGCAGCCAUGCAGACAGAGUCAAUCGAUAUCCAACUCUUUGCCUGCCAAAGACUCCUCCGACCACCAGCAGAUCCAGCAGGGCAGUGGUGCCAUCAGAGAACCUUUGAGUGAAAUCCAAGUUCAUAGCACAGACAGGAGAGGACGGCGAGUGACUGGCGGUGACAGUAGACAGUCCUCUCUCACGCCCCAGUCCUCCCUCACACCCCAGUCCUCCCUCAACUCUUGCAGUUCUCUGCUCUCUUGGAGAAUGGAUUCAGAGUCCAGGACACCUAUUACUUGCUAUGCUGAUGAUUUGGCUGCUACAGUGGUGUCUAUGGCCACAGAACUGGCAGCUAUCUGCCUGGAAAACAACACUGGGAAACAGCCAUGGUUCUGUUCCCUUAAAGGGACGUCACCUGAAGGGCCAGAAGCCUACUUGAUUCCUGCUUGCCGUACAGUGCUCAGGAGGAAAGAGGCUCAGGGCAGCAACGCUGCCUCCAAGAAACAUCGGGCGCCACGCCUGAGUGAGAUCAAGAGGAAAACAGAGGAGCAACCUGAGCUGAUGGAGCGGCUUGUGAACCGUGUGGUGGACGAAUCAGUUAACCUAGAUGAACCACAGGACCCAUUUGCCCUCUUUGCCUCUGAAGUCACGGCCAGGAUCAUGAACUGUCCCGAGCUUAACGUGGUGGAUACCUCCAAAGCAGGCCAGCCACGCAGCAGGUUGCAGUGUGAGAGGUGGAGCCGUGGGAAGGCAUCUAGUUAUGAGAGUAUUCCAGAAGAAGACGCAGACCCCUCAGGCACACCCAACACCCUGGGCCUUGGCAGCCGGUUAGGUCAGAACUUGAGCCGUGGUAGCUCGAUCUCUAAGCAGUCUAGCUGUGAGAGCAUCACAGAUGAGUUCUCACGGUUUAUGGUAAACCAAAUGGAGACCGAGGGCAGGGGCUUUGACCUUCUGUUGGACUACUACGCAGGGAAAAAUGCCAGCAGCAUUCUGACUGCAGCUGUACAACAGGCUGCAUCGAAGAAAAAUGGUCACCUUAAUGUCAGGACCUCGUCCUGCCUGUCCAAACAGUCAAGCACAGAGAGCAUCACAGAGGAGUUCUACAGGUUUAUGCUUCAGGACAUGGACAAAGAAAACAGAGAGUAUGGCAUCGCUAAGACCAAAGAGUGGAGCAACAGCCUCUUCCCCCCUUCUCCUAGAACUCCAUUCUGUAUACGGCAGUCGUCUGUCCCUGACCGGCGCUCCUCAGACUCGCGACUGACUGUCAACUCACCCAUUAAAGCCAACUCUUUUGAUGGAUUUGCCCGCAAUGUGCAUGGAGACACAUUAAAUAUCUUCCCCACCAACUCAGUUUCAGCCACAGGACUGUGUAAGUCAGACUCCUGCCUCUACCAAAGGGGUAAGACUGACCAGAUUACGGAUAUGCUGAUUCAUGAAACCUGGUCGAGCUCCAUUGAGUCAUUGAUGAGAAAGAACAAAAUCAUUGCCGAUCCAGAGGACAGUAUAGAACUUGAGGCUGCAGGAGACUCCCAGCCCCAUGUGCAGCAGUUUGCCAAUCGCCUGGCAGCUGAUAUUGUAGAUAUUGGCAAGUCUGCCUUGGGGGGCCAGCAAGAUGUAGCUGGGGGUGCAUCUGGGUCGCUCCCACAGCCGCACAUGCCUGUUGUUGAAAGGAGGAGGGGGUUCAAACAAUCCCAUCUAAGCUGUAGUCGGAGUAGGUCCAGCCAGGAGCAAACUGGUAGUGGCGUAGGGUCUGGGACUAGCGACAGCAGUGCAUCCCGCUUGAGGGGCCCCAGAGAUGUGCCGCUGAUCCACAUUGAAGGAGAUCAGAAGGAUGAGGAGACUCAUUUAAAUCCUGAAAGGACAGGAGAAGAACCUCAAGAGGCAUCCCAAGAUGUGUCAGCUACCAAACGUACAGAGAGAGCUACGGCCAGCAGCAGCAGCAGUGAGAGGGACAGGCCAGCUGUGGCGGUGGCUGCAGUAGUGAAGAGCGACAAGCGUUCUAUGAGUGCUAGCAGUGAAGAGAGCAUGGGGAGCUGGUCCCAUAUAACCCCAGAGGAUGACCCCCACGAGGAGACCAGUAGUUUUAUCCAGCUGAGCGAGGGGAACGGAACCAGCAGCGCAUCCAGCGUAGGCCUGGCAGACCUCGAUGCUUUUUCUGAUGUGCCCACUCAGAGCACAGUAAUCAGUGGGGAGACAGAGGAAGAACAUCUAGCAGGAACAAAGGAGCAUAUCUCUGAGAGCAGUUCAGCAAGGACAGCAGGCGGCAGUAGCAACCUCAGGGUGCUCUUGGUGGUCAACUGUGACCUUGAACCUGAGCGCGUGGACUCAGAGCUGAGAGUGGCCCUGCAGUGGAUCGCCGCUUCUGAGCUCGGCCUUCCUGCACUCUACUUCAGGAAGUCCAAAGAGAAGAGGAUUGCAAAGUUCCAGAGGGUGGUUCAUCUGAUGUCUCAGAAGGCUUGGCGGAUUGCAGACUUGUUCAGAGCUGUGCUCCAAUACUGUAAGCUACAUGAGAAAGAGGAAGAGGAGGGCCGGUCUCUGUCCAGCCUGUUUGAUUGGCUUUUAGAGACCCUUUAAGGCUCUGUAGUCUCAUAUUGCAAAUUAAUUCUCUCAUACUUCUUACGUGUUCUCAACCGUUUGCCUGAUUCUGUCUUAUCACAACAAGUGUCUCCUAAUGCAAACUGAGAGCACUAUGUGAUUAGCAUACUUAAAAAAUUCAUACACCUCACUCUGUCCAUUGAAGUUGCAUAGUUUGUCUGUUCACAGCCAUGAAUGGACCAGUCUCCCUUUAAUCAAAGCAUGUUUUUGUUUUCAGAUUCGUCUGUCUAGUAAGACGCAAAACAGAGAGCAAGACAUUCCUGAAAGGAAUGAACUAGCAUUCAAGAGAUUAAAAUCAGCAGGUUUUAACUGCUCCAGAUUAUAUAAAUAUAUAUAUUUAGAUUCUCACAAACCAAUUGUGUUUAUUUAUUUAUUCCACAUGAACACACAUGAAGCAAAGUACAAAUAGAAGAAAGACAAAACAGUCUAAAUCCUUCUUGCAACUCAACAUGCUCAGACCUUUAAUAUCAAAACUACCUUUUAAAAGAGGCUGUUGAAACGAAAGCCCACAAAAAGCUCUCACUUUCUUCUGAUAUCCACUUAGAAGUGCAAAUUUGCUGAAAGGAAGCAAAAUGCCCAUAUCUUUGUUGUGUUCAUUGGCCAACAUACCACCUCUGUUGUGACCUUGAAAUUCAGUUUUGAGUAAGUCUGUUAUUUUGUUCAUGUUACUUGGGAAUUUUGGAUAGCUGUACUGUAUAUACUGUAGAUUUGGAACUGCUGCACCUUGGAGUAGUGGACUGCUCUCUUUAGCUUUUACUAUGUCAGGAGAAGACAGAGUAAGGUUUGUAAUGUUGAAUUUGUAUGUGAAUUUGGUCUGUUUAUUUCUAUACUUAGUGGUACUCUAGUGUUACAUCAGCAUUGGGAAAAAAGCACACAAUUCAGCUGUAAACUCUGUCACGAUAGAACUGAAUGUAUUUAUCUUUUGACAUCAAUAAAUUUCUGUGAUGUGAAAUACAAGCACCAUUGAUCAUUCAUAAAGACAACUGAACACUGUUUAGAA